CAACCGGUAGACGUCGCGAUAUGUUGCGCCUAGUAAAAUUACCUGGCCGACGUGGGACAGCGUACGUGUCAUGCGAGUUGUUUUCAUGCGUAAAUGUGAUGUUUUUUGGACUGGACGUGGACAAAAUGAGACUUCUAGGAAGUAUCCCGGAGAGGACGGGGGUGAGAUGCUGCCACGCAGUCAUGGCUCCAUUCUGGUGAAAGUUCUUUCCUUACACGGUUUAGUUUUCUUCACGUUACAAUAGACUUUAAAAACACAUCUCCAAAUGAAGGUCAGUAAGUAUUUAAGAGGAAGCGGAAGGUUCCUGGCCUUUGUGUUCGUUGCCUCGGUACUUUGGCUACUGUUUGACAUGGCAGCUCUCAGGCUGUCCAUUGCAGACGUGAAUGGACAGCUCAUGAAAGAGCUUGUCCUAAAAGACAGGGAGUUGGCUAAAAGACUCAACGCGGUUCCCACAAACGUCAGGCAUAACCCUGUUGUCCGAAAGGUGAAUCCAGAUGUGGAGACCUCUCAACGCUCAGAAACGCUCAGCAGAAGAGUUGUUGAGGUUUACAGGCGAAAAAAGCCUGACUGGAUUAAUGGCGAAAACAAAGUAGCACAGAAGUCGCGUGGUAACAUUUUAUCUGUAACUUUGCCCAAAGUAGUGGCUGGAAACGACUCGAAGGUGCUCGUGGAUACAAAGUUAUUUGAGCAAAAUGACAUAUCGGAAAAGCAAAGCGAUCUAAGCUACAAAAUUGCUCCAGGUGUUGGGGCAAACUUGAAGAAAGAAGUGCUACCAAAAACCAAGGCGCCAUCUGCUGGGCAGGAAGGAAACCGCCUGAAACUGCAAUCAAACGCCACCGAAGACCACCAAAUCCCACCAAAAAUACCACUACAGGACGUUAAAAUACCCCAGGAUGUUGUUUUGCCUGAGAAAUCCAACAGGACAGUGAAAAAGGUCACACCGGAUGCACCAAACAACCUUCCCCCAAAACAGGAACACUCCAUCCAGAAGGUUCAGAUGGUUGAUAAGAGGAAUUCAGCGGUAAAAGAUAACAAGACUGUCUCGCUGCCUGUUAAAUCCGUAGUGCAAGUCACAGCAAAACCAGCACAGUCCCCUCUGAAUGCAACAAAAAUCCAUACUGGAGAGCCCCUGAACUCUACAGGUGUGAGGAAGCAAGAUGGGCUCCAUAAGGUCAUGGCCCUCGACGUGACCCUUAAACCGAGGGAUGCCCGUGCGCUGGGGCAGUUCGGCUGGGAGGCACUUGUGCCUCCGGAGGAUGAGGAAGAGAGUAUGCGCAGAUGGAGUGAGGGCUAUUUCAAUGUGUUCCUCAGCGAGCAGAUUCCUUUGGACAGGGCCAUUCCAGACACACGGCCUCCAACAUGCUCCCAAAAGCUUGUUCACGAUAACCUUCCCACGACGAGUGUGAUCUUCUGCUUUGUGGACGAGGUAUGGUCCACUCUGCUGCGCUCCGUCCACAGCGUGCUGAACAGAUCUCCACCUCACCUGCUCAAAGAGAUUCUACUGGUGGAUGACUACAGUACAAAAGACUAUCUGAAGGACAAGUUGGAUGCCUACAUGUCUCAGUUCCCCAAAGUGCGGAUCAUCCGCCUCAAAGAGAGGCACGGGCUGAUCAGGGCGAGGCUGGCUGGGGCUGCGGCGGCAAAGGGCGAUGUCCUGACGUUCCUGGACUCUCAUGUCGAAUGUAACGUGGGCUGGUUAGAGCCGCUGCUGGACAGAGUGUAUCUAGACCGCAGGAAAGUCGCCUGUCCUGUUAUCGAGGUCAUCAAUGACAAGGACAUGAGUUAUGUCAUGGUGGACAAUUUCCAAAGGGGCAUCUUCAAGUGGCCUUUAGUGUUUGGUUGGAGCACACUUUCCAAAGAUUUCAUCAGGAAAAACAAUAUCAAAGUCUCAGAUCCCAUCAGGUGUCCAGUGAUGGCCGGUGGCCUGUUCUCCAUAGAUCGGAAGUAUUUUUAUGAACUAGGAACGUAUGAUCCAGGCCUGGAUGUGUGGGGAGGGGAGAAUAUGGAGAUCUCUUUUAAGAUCUGGAUGUGUGGUGGCGAGAUUGAAAUCAUCCCCUGCUCUCGUGUGGGUCAUAUUUUCCGUGGUGAGAAUCCCUACAACUUCCCCAAGGAUCGUCAGAAAACGGUGGAGAGAAACCUGGCUCGCGUGGCUGAGGUCUGGCUGGACGAGUAUAAAGAGAUUUUCUACGGCCACGGCUAUCUUCACCUGCUGAGUAAAAAUUUGAUAGACAUAGGGAACCUCUCAGCACAGAUCCAGCUGCGCGAGAAGCUCCAGUGCAAGAGCUUCGAGUGGUAUUUGGAGAACAUCUACCCUGAGCUGAAGGCUCCUCUUGUCAAAGCUGAAGGCCUCGUUUUUAACGUUGGCAAUAGGAAAUGUCUGGUGCAAGAAGACGGCUCUUUAUCUUUUGCGAUCUGUAAUCUUAGCAAACAGAACCAGCAUUUUAGCUACAGCUGGGUGAGAACACUCCGCCAGAACAAUACUUGCGUUUCUCCACACGUGACGGGAAGAGGCGUGGCUUUGGAACGAUGUGACAACUCUAAGGCCCACCUCCGCUGGCUGCACAAAUCCAAUAAGUUUCUGGCAGAGCAUCUGAUUGCUGAGGCACAUCGUCAGCGUUUGUGUCUAGAGGCAGGAUCUAAAGGAGACACGAUCUUCCUAAAGGCAUGUGACGCAUCCAGCUCCUAUCAGCAAUGGCAUUUCACACACUACCAUGCACUGUGAGCCCCGGAGACACGCUACAGUUGUUUCAUCUCACUUUGUCAGGAUGAAGACGUUGUUACAUUGUGAAGUAUAAACAGAUGCAUGCAGAGACUUUGUGUAAAUUGGUUAAAAAGACUGUUUUAAGGUUUGUUUUUUUUUAUUUGUUUGUUUUGGUCCUGGAUCAUUUUAAGAGCAGCUACAUCACUUGAUCGUGUUUUUUGGGGACCAUUUUUGGUUUGGUUGAAACAAGCACAAGCAUUGGAAGUGCCUGGUUUGAUCAAAUACAAAUACACAUGCAGUGAACUUAGGUCAUCUACCAGUUGAUGGUGGUACGUUGUCAGUGAAAUGGAGUCAAUCUGGUACGUUACGCAGGACGUGCUUCUAAUAAUAAAUCUAUUGUUUAAAUAUAGGCAGAUUUAACAUAAGCAAUAAGCCGUGUGUUUUGCUGUACACAUUCUCUAACGACACUAGAGGGCGCUGUUUACAACGUUUCUACAGAAGGUUUGUGUUUGUUUUUCUGCUCAACAAUUUUUAUCUUUUUCGCUGGUGAAUCUGGAUGUUACAAAUAAAUGAAACUGACUUUAUUAAAAAAAAAACAAAGUUAA